AGCCUUUAGCAGCCACACACGACUGAUUCCCUCUCAGCUGACACACGGAGAAUAUUUGGACUUUUUUUGUUUGUUUUUGGCCCCUCUGACCUAAAAGCUGGGAUGAUGAUGAUCCCCGGUGUCCUCGCGCCGCCCGCCCUCUACCCGGGUCUGUACCGGCCCGCCGCGGCUCUCCCGCUGCACCAGACUCUGCCCGCCGCCUUCCAGAGCCACUCCAGCUUCCUGGUGGAGGACUUGCUCCGGAUAAGUCGCCCCGCCGCCUUCCUAAGCCGGACGCUGCAGCCGGCGAGCGGCUCCCUGGCCCCCGUCACCACGACCACCGCGUCCUUCAACGGAGCCGCCGCGGAGCGCGCACCGGCCGCCCCCGCGGCGACGCGCGACUCCUGCUCGCCCAAGACCUCCGUGCCGAGCGGCAAGGAUGCAAGUUUUCUCAAAUUCGGAGUGAGCGCCAUCCUCGCGCCAUCACCAAAGACGGCAUCCCCCCCGCCUGCAAUCCACAGCUUGCAGUCCAAGACCUUCCCUGUCCCCUGCUUUGACGGGACCUUCCACCCCUUAUUCAGAACACCUUAUUUACCAGCAUCUUCCUCCGUUGUUCCCAUCCCCGGGACUUUCUCGUGGCCACUGGCCGCCAGAGGGAAACCCCGCAGAGGGAUGCUGAGGAGGGCGGUGUUCUCCGACAUCCAGCGCAAAGCCUUGGAGAAAAUGUUCCAAAAACAGAAAUACAUCAGCAAGCCCGACAGGAAAAAACUGGCCUCGAAACUGGGCCUGAAAGACUCCCAGGUGAAAAUCUGGUUUCAGAACCGGAGGAUGAAGUGGAGGAACUCCAAGGAGCGAGAGCUGCUGUCAUCCGGCGGGUGUCGGGAACAGACGCUGCCCACCAAAGCCAACCCACACCCGGACCUGAGCGACGUGGGCAAGAAGUCCUCCGCCGAGGAGGAAGAGGAGGAGGAAGAGUUCAGAAGAGACCGGAUGAGGGCGGCAGGAUGCGGCGUUUCUUCUCCAUCUCUUUCCAGUAAGCACUCAGACUUCUCAGAGUCGGACGAAGAGGAAAUAACAGUAUCUUAAUUUAUUUGAUGAUUCAGAUUUAUUGAAUGCCGUUUUUAUCUGACUGUGACCAGAUUGUGUAAAAAAAAAAGCUGCUCCCUGACACAAGAACUCAUAAAAAGUCCCAACCUAAAAUAUAAGCAUAAAAUAAAAGUUGGUGAUGCUGGGCUGGACGGGUUCUGAUUCAGUGACACAUUUUGCUGUUUUGCACAGCUUUGCUCAAAUGUACAGUAUUUUGUACAAUUUUGUAUGGAAAUUAAA